CUCUGCAGACAACUAAGGGUUUUGCAGUUAGAUGCGUGGAUGUAUCUUGCACCAUAGCAGGAUGUUACGUAUGUGUUUUUGAAGAAAAGUACCGCGUAAAGAGAUCAUCGCGGCCUAGUAGUGAUUUGCUAUUGCCAGUAUUUGCUCCCUGUUGUUCUGCCUUUUUAAACUGUGUUUUAAGAGCCAUGUCUUGCAGUAGAGGAGCUUUGAUUGUCCUUGAGGGAGUAGACAGAGCCGGGAAAACCACGCAAUGUCAAAAACUCGUCCAUGCACUGCAGCAGAGCGGACGAGCGGCAGAAAUCAUGCGAUUUCCAGACAGAACCACUAAAAUCGGUCAGCUGAUCAGUUCAUACCUGGAGAAGAAGAGUAAUCUGGAGGAUCAUACGGUUCACCUGCUGUUCUCUGCAAACCGAUGGGAAAUGGUGCCCCUGAUGAAACAGAAGUUGGAACAAGGGAUCAGUCUAGUGGUUGACCGCUAUGCGUUUUCUGGAGUUGCCUUCACUAGUGCCAAGCCUGGCUUCACUCUGGAGUGGUGCAUGAAUCCAGAUAUUGGACUUCCAAAACCAGACCUGGUGAUGUUUUUGCAGCUCAAUCCCAAUACGGCAGCAAACCGUGGAGAAUAUGGAAUUGAACGUUAUGAAACCAGCGCCUUCCAACGGACAGUGCAUCAAAGAUUUGAGGAGCUCAUGCAAGAUUCCUCCGUCAACUGGAAGGUAGUUGAUGCUGCAAGGACCAUUGAAGAGGUGCACAAAGAUAUUAAGCUUUUAAGUGAAGACAUCAUCAGUUUAGCCCAGAAUCAGCCAGUUGGUGAGCUGUGGAGGUGAACGGGUUUUUAAAAACAUUUUAAAUGUUUUUGUUUUUUUCUGUCACAGUACAGAAAAUACAUAAUUAUUGUUUUUAAUUUUUAAUGAUUUGAAUAAAUAAAUAUUCAUAAAAUAAA